AUGUCAUGGAGGGAAAUAGGACGACAACUCAAUAUUACCCACACCGUCAUCAGUCGUCUAAUACGUAAGCACGUGGCUACUGGGAAUGUCCAAGAUCGACAACGAAGUGGAAGACCCAGAAAAACAAUGGCUCGUGAUGACAGAAUGCUUUUGAGACUGGCUAGGCAGGAGCCAAGAUCAGCAAGUCGGACUCUAAGAGACAGAUGGCAAGUCAACGCCCGAUUGUCUCUCAGCACGUUGAAGCGGAGACUAAAAGCUGGUGGACUUUCUUCACGUCGUCCUAUCCGACGUCCUCUUCUCACCUAG